UAUCACGCCCCACGGCCACGCCACGGCCAAAAGGCCAAGCCAAACCGCGCGCGCGCGCGGCCUCGCCUCGCCUCCCCUCCCGCACGGCCGCAUAGAUCCAAUGCCGGUUGCGCCAGCGCCAAUGGCGACUCCCAUUCGCACGCGCCGCUAGGCCCGAGCCCGCGCGUCUGCGGUGGUGGCGGCCAUGGCGUCGCCGCGCCGGAAUGCCUCCCGUGGGGCGGCGGCGGCGGCGGCGGGGCGGGAUGGGGCUCAGUCGGACUCGCCGACGUACACCACCGCGACGCCCCGGUCGCGGUUCGCGGUGGAGUUCUCGCCCGAGGCGUUCGACGAGCCGGGGGCCGGGGAGGCGCCGUCGGCCAAGGAGAGCGUCACCGCCACCGUCCGCUUCCGGCCGCUCAGUUCGCGGGAGAUUCGGCAGGGGGAGGAGAUCGCGUGGUACGCGGACGGCGAGACCAUCGUGCGGAGCGAGCACAAUCCCAACAUCGCCUAUGCCUAUGAUCGUGUGUUUGGACCAACUACGACAACACAACAGGUAUAUGAUGUUGCGGCUCAACAUGUUGUCAGUGGUGCCAUGCAAGGAAUAAAUGGUACAAUAUUUGCAUAUGGGGUUACAAGCAGUGGGAAGACACACACGAUGCAUGGAGAUCAAAGAUCCCCAGGGAUUAUACCUUUGGCCGUGAAAGAUGCGUUUGGCAUAAUACAAGAGACCCUGAAUCGGGAGUUUCUUCUUCGUGUAUCAUACCUGGAAAUUUAUAACGAGGUUGUGAACGAUCUCCUAAAUCCUGCAGGGAAGAAUUUACGAAUUAGGGAGGAUCUUCAGGGAACAUUUGUUGAGGGCAUAAAGGAAGAAGUAGUGUUAUCUCCUACCCAUGUUUUGUCCCUUAUUGCAGCCGGAGAAGAGCAUAGGCAUGUUGGAUCCACUAACUUUAAUCUUCUAAGUAGCAGAAGCCACACAAUUUUCACACUGACAGUAGAGAGCAGCCCCUUCUGUGAGUCUAAUGAAGGAGAAACGGUUACUUUUUCGCAGCUGAACCUCAUCGAUCUGGCAGGUUCAGAGAGUUCAAGGGCUGAAACAACAGGAGCACGCCGGAAGGAAGGGUCUUAUAUCAAUAAAAGUCUGCUGACUCUUGGAACGGUGAUAUCAAAACUGACUGACGGAAAAGCUACUCAUGUUCCAUUCCGGAACUCAAAAUUAACACGUUUGCUGCAGUCAUCCUUGAGUGGCCAAGGACGUGUUUCUCUGAUUUGCACGGUUACUCCAGCAUCGAGCAACUCUGAAGAAACUCAUAACACGUUAAAAUUUGCCCACCGAUCAAAGCACAUUGAGAUCCAAGCAUUACAAAACAAGAUUAUUGAUGAGAAAUCUCUAAUAAAGAAGUACCAAAGUGAAAUUCGUCAACUAAGGGAAGAGCUAGAACAACUGAAAAGAGGGAUCUUUACUGCCACUCCUUUGAAAGAUGUCACAGAAGAUAAUAUCAUUCUUUGGAAACAGAAGCUAGAAGAUGGUAAUGUCAAGCUUCAAUCUAGACUGGAACAAGAAGAAGAAGCCAAAGCUGCUUUGCUUGGCAGGAUACAGCGUCUAACAAAACUAAUCCUGGUUUCCACCAGAGCAACCCAGACUACUAGAUCAUCUCAACAUCCUGGCACAAGGCGCAGACAUUCUUUUGGUGAAGGAGAGCUGGCAUAUCUCCCGCAUAGAAGGCGAGAUAUUGUCAUGAAUAACUAUAGAAAUGAGCUGGUUAUGCCGAUGGAAGGAUUUGGUGAAGCACUUGAAAUGUCUCCUAAGGAGGAGAAGCAAAGUCGUAAAGGACUCCUUAACUGGUUCAAACUUCGGAAGCGUGAUAGUGGUUCUGCUACCCUGGCAUGUUCUGAUGGUGGUAAAUCUAGUUUGACCAAAUCAUUCACUGCUCCUCCAACACGUCUGGAGGAUGGGAUUAAUUUUCUAUCAGAACAGAGGACGUGGAAUUCUAUGCUUGAUGAGAAUGUACCAGCUGAUUUUUUGAGCGUUGAUCUUGGAAUUCCUUCUGACAGCUCUCCUGUAGAAGAAAUACUGUCCGUACAAAGUGUCAGCAGAAAAAGUGAAAUCUUAGAUGAUGUUGAUCUACUGAGGGAGCAGUUAAAGAUUUCGUCAGGGGAGGCUGUGCUCCACGCAAACGUUGUAAAGCACCUCACAGAGGAAGCUGGAAUAAGCGGAAUGAACAAACAGAUUGAGAUGGAAAAGAUGGCCAAUGAUGAGAUUAAAUGCAAGCGGCAGAUAAUAUCUUUGGAAAAUCAAAAUGUUCAUUCAGUGUUAGACAGUCAAGAAAAGCUUGACACUUCAAAACUUUCAUCGUAUUACACUAAGAUACUUAAGCAACUCAAUGAGAAGGCCUUUCAACUUGAGGUGAAAACAGCAGAUAACAGGAUACUGGAAGACCAGCUAGAGAAAAAGGCAAUCGAAUGUGAAGAGUUGCGAGAAACGGUUGUUUACUUGAAAGAACAGAUCGUCCAAGCUCUUCAAAUUGACGAGUUUUUACCAGAAAGAAUCAGAUUGCAGCAGCAAACAGGCAUCGGCCAUGACGUUGGAUCGCAAGUUCAUAAUGAUAAUCCAUUAUCCAGUGAUGUGUCUGAAAAGCCACUGGAAAACACAUCACAGUCAGAGAUCGGCGAACUGAAGCAGAGAUUGUGCGAACUGACUGAAGCCAAAGCUCAGCUAGAGGCCCGUAACCAGGAACUUCUGGAGGAAAGCACGUACGCCAAGGGCCUGGCCUCAGCCGCGGGUGUGGAACUGAGAGCACUUUCUGAAGAAGUCACCAAGCUCGUCAAGCAGAACGAGAAGCUCGCCGGCGAGUUGGAGUCGGCGAGAAACUCGACUCCACGAAGAGCAAGCCAUAGCCCGAAGGCAGCUCGAAAGGGCGGCCACAUCGAACGGCACGAACCGGGUGGUAAAAGGGACACGAACUCAAGCAGCCAGAGGGAGCAAGCUCUGGAGGCCAUGCUCGCGGAGAAGGACCAGAGAGAAGCUGAACUUCAGAAGAAAAUCGAGGAGUCGAAGCAGAAGGAGGCGUUCCUGGAGGGCGAGCUCGCAAAUAUAUGGACCCUGGUGGCGAAACUGAGGAAGGCUGAGGGAAAUUGCGAAGAUGAUUCAGAUGCCAUACACACGAUUGUAUAGUGGACCACAAGCCACGACCCUCGAGAUUAUCCAAUUGAUGAUGGUAGCGAUAGUCGUUUGUAUAUAUAUGAUCACCCGAUCUUCGGUACGUGUGUUGUGCUUGCAGGUUGUGGGGGUUUUGUGUGUAAGAGAACUGUACCUGUACCAUGGUGUGAAUGAGUUUGUAUAUUUGUGGAAUACUCGUUUUUAGUGCAAAUCAGUGGGUAUCGUGAUGCAGGUUUUA